CUGAAUCUGAGACGUAGGGUUAGGAGGGAAUCUGAUCUGAGACGUAGGGUUAGGAGGGAAUCUGAUCUGAGACGUAGGGUUAGGAGGAAACGCGCUCCAGCUCACAUUUACUGAUAAACUGAAACUGAUAGACAUUUCAUAUCUUCAUACAGACGGUAACACUUCAUGGUUCCCUCAUAUUGUUUUAACUUCACAAACCAAAAGGUAAAUGUGUUUUAUUAUGAAGUUGUGUAUAUUUACAGACUUGUAAAAACUAAGAAGUUAAACGGCACUAAAGAUGUUUUGAGUUUAUUUCAGUUAUUAAGUUGGAGUGGGUUGGAAUCCCUGUAUUCUGAUAAACACUAAAUCGAUCACAUUUGGCUCCGUACGAUGUUUCCCAGCCAGAGGGGCGGACUGGCCAUCGGGACGCUCGGGACGAAUCCCGAUGGGCCGCACUGAAGUGGGCCGGUCGGAUAAGUCACUAGCACUAGCACCCCUGAACGGGUUUGGUUGAUGCUGUGUUCAUUCAAUAUACUUACUGAGCACUCCUGAGAUAUCACAUGUCUGUCCCUGAGGCCUGUUUGACCGACAGCAGAGUGUGAAUAACAGAUGAAGAAGACUCUGCGAUCGAUCAAGCAGUUUAUAUAUUUUUAGUUUGUAAGGCAAGUUUAUUUAUACAGCACCUUUCAACACACGGCAGUUCAAGCUUUACAAGAGUCAGAAAGUCUCUGACAGGGUGACCAACAGACUGAGCAGGUUUCUAACGGGUGGAGCCGUUCUGAUUUGAAAGCUGUUGACACUUGUACCCGGUAGUGUGGCAGUAGAACAGACGCAGUCACAGAUGUAAAGAACAACAGAAGACUUUCUCUGCUCGCCCCAAAGGACCUGAGGCGCCGGAGAAAAUCCAUUCUUUGUUUUUGUCCUUUAGCAGAGAUGUUCAAUGUGCUAUGUGUCUCCGUCUCUUCUGCAGAUGUCCAGCUACAAGCGAGCCACGUUCGAGGAGGACGAAGCGUCGGACACUGCGGGGGAUUCAGCCUUCUCUGACGCCGUGGAGGUGGGCUUCAGGAAGGGCGGUGUGGAGCUGCUGGGCCGGAGGACCCAGCUGGAGGUUCUGUUGUCGGUUCUGCUGCUGGUUUCCCUGCUGGCUCUGCUCGCCUGCCUGCUGCUGCUGGGGCUGGGCUUCAGCUCAGGCGGUGGGCGCGGGCUGUGCCUGACAGAGGCCUGCGUCUCCGUGGCGGCUCAGAUGGGCGAGGCGAUGGACCGCAGCGUGGACCCCUGCUCUGACUUCUACCAGUUCUCCUGUGGAGGCUGGGUGAGGAAGAACCCGCUGCCCGACGGGCGCUCCAGGUGGUCCACCUUCAACAGCAUCUGGGAGCAGAACCAGGCCCUGCUCAAACACCUGCUGGAGAACGGGACGUUUAACGGCAGCAGUGAAGCCGAGAGGAAGACCCAGUCCUACUACCUGUCCUGCCUCAACACGCAGAGGAUUGAGGAGCUGGGGGCCCAGCCGCUCGUAGACCUCAUCGCCAAGGUAACCACACACCUGAGGGAUCGGGGCUGGAACAUGACGGGCCCCUGGAUAAAGACAACUUCAUGGAGGGUCCUGAAGGUGGUUUCUGGCCCCUACAGAGGACAGCCUUUCUUCAGCGUCGGCGUCAGCGCAGACCCCAAACACUCCAACAGCAACGUCAUCCAGGUGGACCAAUCAGGGCUCUUCCUGCCGUCCAGAGAUUAUUACCUCAACAAGACUGCCAAUGAGAAGGUGCUGGUGGCGUACCUGGACUACAUGGUGGAGUUGGGCCUGUUGCUAGGCGGAGAAAAGAACUCCACCCUGUUCCAGAUGCAGCAGAUCCUGGAGUUUGAGACGGCGCUCGCCAACAUCACCGUCCCUCAGGACCAGCGGCGAGACGAGGAGAAGAUCUACCACAAGGUCACCAUCGCCGAACUGCAGCUGCUGGCCCCGGCUGUGGAGUGGCUGGACUUCCUGUCUGCCUCGCUCUCUCCUCUGGAUCUGAACGACACCGAGCACGUGGUUCUGUACGCGCAGGAGUACCUGCAGCAGGUGUCCGAGCUCAUCAACCGCACCGAGCGCAGCCUGCUGAACAACUACAUGAUGUGGACGCUGACUCAGAAGAGCGUCGCCAGCCUGGAUCAGCGCUUCGAGAACGCUCAGGACAAGCUGCUGGAGAGCCUGUACGGCACCAAGAAGUCGUGCACGCCCCGCUGGCAGACCUGCAUCGGGAACACUGACGACACGCUGGGCUUCGCUCUGGGAUCGCUGUUCGUGAAGGAGACCUUCGACAAACACAGCAAAGACAUCGCCGAGGAGAUGAUUAAUGAGAUCCGCUCGGCGUUUAAAGGCGCUCUGGACCGCCUGGGCUGGAUGGACCCACACACCAAACGGGCUGCCAAAGACAAGGCCGACGCCAUCUACGAUAUGAUCGGUUUCCCAGAAUUCAUCCUGGACCCCAAAGAGCUGGACGACGUGUACGACGGGUACGAGGUGUCGUACGACAGCUUCUUCAUGAACAUGCUCAACUUCUACAACUUUUCCUCCCGAGUGAUGGCCGACCAGCUGAGGAAGACUCCCAACAAAGACCAGUGGAGUAUGACCCCUCCCACAGUAAAUGCCUACUACAUGCCCACUAAGAACGGCAUCGUCUUCCCCGCCGGGAUCCUGCAGGCUCCUUUCUACGCCCACGACCACCCCAAGGCGUUGAACUUCGGGGGGAUCGGGGUGGUGAUGGGUCACGAGCUCACGCACGCCUUCGAUGAUCAGGGUCGCGAGUACGAUAAAGAAGGGAACUUGCGGCCGUGGUGGCAGAACUCGUCGGUGGAGGCGUUUCGUGAGAGAACCCAGUGCAUGACGGAUCAGUACAGCCGCUACACCGUCAACGGAGAACACGUCAAUGGAAAACAGACGCUCGGAGAAAACAUCGCCGACAACGGAGGACUGAAGGCUGCGUACAACGCUUAUCGGUCGUGGGUUCAGAAGAACGGAGAGGAGAAGAGACUUCCUGCCGUUAACCUGACCAACGAUCAGCUUUUCUUUGUUGGUUUUGCUCAGGUGUGGUGUUCAGUGCGGACACCGGAGAGCGCUCACGAGGGUUUAGUGACCGACCCCCACAGCCCCCCCCGAUACCGGGUCAUCGGCACGCUCGCCAACUCUCCAGACUUCAGCCGCCAUUUCAACUGCCCCGUAGGGACGCCCAUGAACACCGGGGGGCGCUGUGAGGUCUGGUAGACGGAGCUAAGAGGGGUUGAUUAGUCUGGAAAAGUAAAAAUAUAUCCUCGUUAACAAAUGGCAGGAGUCUUAAUUAGAGGAAGUUAUCUCUGGGUUAUCUGGAGGUUUUAAUUAGACCAGAAACGUAAAAAUAUAUCCUUCGUUAACAAACGGCUAGUGUCUUAAAUAGAGGAGGUUAUCGGGGUUAUCUGGAAGUUAUCUGGAAGUUAUUUGGUUGUUUUUUUUAGGUUAGCUGGAAGUUAUCUGGAGGUUUUAAUUCGUCAGGAAACUUAAAAAUAUACCCUUCUUUAACAAACGGCUAGUGUCUUAAUUAGUGGAGGUUAUGUGGAGGUUAUGUGGAGGUUAUCUGUUGGUUUUCAGGUGUGCGUUGGGGGUGUAUCCUUCAGUUUCUCCCAUUAAUAUAAAUCUAUUAAUUAGAGACGGUCGGACUGACUUCCUGUCUGGAAAUGAAACGGACUUCACACGAAGGACUGACGAUGAAGACGUUAGUGAUGAAGAGGAAGUCACAUGGGACGAUGUUGCUGAUUUCUGCUUUAUCACCGUCAUUAAUUAUUAUUAUUGUUAUUAUUAUUAAUGGGCUUUGGUGUGUGUGUGUGUGUGUGUGUGUGUGUGUGUGUGUGUGUGUGUGUGUGUGUGUGUGUGUGUGUGUGUGUGUGUGUGUGUGUGUGUG